AUGUAUACCGAGGUGGCUAAUUUAAACUUCAGCUCUAAUGGAAGCAUCGAGGAUCCACUGAGCUCUCUGGAUCAAGAAUGGAACGAGCCCCCGGCGAAAAGGCUGUCUCGGACCGGACACCAUGUGAUGUCCGUCUUCCUUGGAUCUAUUAUGGUUUUUGGUUUCAUCAAUAACCUGGUGGUAUUGAUCCUGUUUAUUAAAUUCAAAACUCUGCGGACUCCUGUGAACAUGCUUUUGCUGAACAUCAGCGUGAGUGACAUGCUGGUGUGCCUCUGUGGCACCACGCUCAGCUUCGCAUCCAGUCUACAGGCACGCUGGCUGUACGGGAAGCACGGGUGCAUGUGGUACGGCUUCGCCAACUCUUGUUUCGGAAUUGUGUCGCUAAUCUCGCUGGCCUUCCUCUCCUAUGACCGCUACAGCACCUUAACCGUGUACAACAAGCAAGCCCCCGACUACCGCAAGCCUCUGCUGGCCGUGGCGGGCUCCUGGCUCUACUCCCUGUUCUGGACAGUGCCCCCACUGCUGGGCUGGAGUAGUUACGGCCUGGAGGGGGCCGGGACCAGCUGCUCGGUCACCUGGACAUCCCAGACGCCCCAGUCUCACUCCUACAUCAUCUGCCUGUUCAUUUUCUGUCUGGGGCUGCCUGUGCUGGUCAUGGUCUACUGCUAUGGGAGGCUGCUCUACGCUGUCAAACAGGUGGAGAAGAGAGUGGGGCGGAUCCGUAAGUCGGCGGCGCGGCGGAGAGAGUUCCACAUCCUGUUCAUGGUGAUCACUACGGUGGUGUGUUACCUGCUGUGCUGGAUGCCCUACGGCGUGAUCGCCAUGAUGGCCACCUUUGGACACCCGGGCCUUAUCACCCCCAUCGUGACCGUGGUGCCCUCCAUCAUGGCUAAGAGUAGCACUGUCAUCAACCCCCUCAUCUAUAUACUCAUGAACAAACAGGUGAGCAGAACCUAA